AUGGACGCAGUCGAUGACACGGAUGAAGAUGAACUUCUGCACUAUGACGUUCAGAUGAGCAUUCAGGAGUCAUGUCAGCAUGAACAGCUGACAACAUCAAACAGGAAUGAGGAUCUGAAGCUUGUGGAUGCCAUUGAACAAGGUGAUUUGUUGGUGCUGCAGGAGCUCUGUGAUUUCCCAGCAGCCUUCACUCAGGUGGACGAGCGCGGCUGGUAUCCUCUGCACAGGGCAGCGGUUCAACCUCUGGUUCCAGUCCUGGAGGCGGUGCUGUACGCAUCUUUCAGUCUGACCCUGGAGGAGAAGUCUUUGGAGGGGGAGACCUUUCUGACUUUAGCUGUGACAGCUGGUUUGGUGGAAAACGUGAAGAUGCUGCUGGACCACGGAGCCUCUCCUCACACCACUAACAGCAAGAACGAAUCUCCUCUGCUGCUAGCGGUCCGAGCCGGGUCUCCUCAGAUGGUUUCCAGUCUGAUAUCUGCAGGAGCUCUAGUGGAGCAGGUGUGUCUGAAGAGGUGGACGGCCAUGCACGAGGCCUCCAGGGCCGGCUGUGCUCACAUCAUGGAGCUCCUGCUGCAGAACGGAGGUCAGCUCACAAAGACAGACCAGCAUGGAGUGACUCCUCUGGGCAUCGCUGCGGAGUACAGCCACGCUGAAGUCCUGGAGCUCCUCAUCAAACACGGCGCUGAUGUAAACGCUCAGGCCCCCAACGGUGACAGCGUCCUGUACGAUGCUGCAGGCUCGGGGAACCCAGACUGUAUCGACAUCCUGCUGCAGCACGGAGCAAAUCCCAACAUCCACAACCUGAGCUCCCAGCUGCCCAUCCACCGGGCGGCCUACGAGGGACACUACCUAGCUUUGAGGAUUUUCAUCCCAAUCACCACUCGACGUGCUCUGCGACUGUCAGGCCAUAGCCCGGUCCACUCUGCGGCUGACGGAGGCCACAUCCACUGCCUGGAGCUCCUGCUGCAGCGAGGCUUCGACGUCAACACGCUUUUAGCUCCUCACAUCUCCGAAAACUACGGAGACAUGAGGAGGAGCCCGCUGUACUUCACCGUCUCCAAUGGGGACACGACGUGUACCGAGAUGCUGCUGAAGUCUGGAGCCAAACCCAACCUGGACCCUCUGUGCUGCCUCCUGGUGGCGGUCCGGUCGGGGCGCUACGAGAUCGUGAAGCUGCUGCUGGCGGCCAAAGCUGACGUGAACUGUUACUUCUCGGUGGUGAACGACACAGUGUUCCCCACAGCGUUGCAGUACUGCCUGAAGGACGAGGUGAUGAUGAGGCUGCUGCUCAACAACGGGUACAAUGCUGAGAGGUGUUUCCGUUGUAACCAUGACGACGACUGGGAUGACCUGAGUGAGUCUGAUUACUCACAUCAGGAGGAAAAAGUUGCUUUUUGUGAUUUCGUCAGCGUCUCCUGGAUGGUGAACCUGGCGGGCAGAGCCGUGUCGGUCCUCCUCGACUACGUAGGUCAAGUUUCUCUCUGCGGAAAACUGACAAAGAUACUGGAGAAACACAAAGAGUGGCCUCACAUCCAAAGGACCACAGGUAACCCUCGCUCUCUGUCUCACCUGAGCAGAGUGGUGAUCAGGAAACACCUGAGCAGCAGCGAUGUGACGUGUGUUCAGCUGCCCGGCAGGAUGAAGGACUUCCUGCUGUUCAAAGAAAACGAUCUUUACGCCAAAGUCAUCUGCAGGGAGGACUGA